CCGCAGGUGAUCCUCCGCUCAUAGAGGCGCGGGGCGGAGAGAAGGUGAUCAAUCUCCAUCCGUCUCCAUUAGAAAUCACCUUAACACUCUGACAGACAACGACAAGCCCCCUGAAAGCAAAUGAGUUUGAUUUAUUUGGUUGUAAAAACGCACCGAGGACGCGGUGACGCCUGUGUGCUGCCGACCUGUCUGCGUCUUUUCUCCGGGAUGCCGCUUGCUUUGCGCACUCCCGUUUGUUUUUGAGCAAGUCUGCGGCUGCUGCUCCACUUUUGUGCCCCGCAGACUUCCUCCUGCUGGAUAAUUUACUGCCUGUUGUGGUCGGAGCUGAGGAGCAGAAAGGAGGGAAAAACCAGUGACUUGGAUCGGUCCCCUGUCCCGUCAAGCUGCAGCAUCGGGGGAAACCGAACCACUGGCCUGAGCUGGGUGGAGCAGUGACCGCCUGUAGCAUGAUGUCCUACCUCAAACAGCCCCCCUACGGCGUCAACGGCCUGGGGCUGAGCGGAGCUGCCAUGGACCUGCUGCACCCCUCCGUGGGAUACCCAGCGACUCCCAGGAAGCAGCGGCGGGAGAGGACCACCUUCACCCGCUCUCAGCUCGACAUCCUGGAGGCUCUGUUCGCUAAAACCCGCUACCCGGACAUCUUCAUGAGGGAGGAGGUGGCGCUGAAGAUCAACCUGCCCGAGUCCCGAGUCCAGGUUUGGUUCAAAAACCGGCGGGCCAAGUGUCGCCAGCAGCAGCAGAGCGGCAGCAGCGCCAAGGCUCGGCCGCCCAAGAAGAAGUCGUCCCCGGCCCGAGAGAGCACCGGAUCGGAGAGCAGCGGUCAGUUCACGCCUCCGGCCGUCUCCAGCACCGGCUCGUCCUCCUCGUCCUCCUCGUCCACCAAUCACACGGGCCCGGCGGCGCUCAGUAGCACCUCUACCUCCAUCAGCACCGUGUCGUCCAUCUGGAGCCCGGCCAUCUCCCCCGGAAACGCCCCCGCCCCGGCCGUGGCGCCGCUGCCCGAGCCCGGCCCGCCGUCCAACGCCUCCUGCAUGCAGCGCUCCAUGUCGGGCUCGGCCGCCGCCGCCACCUCCUACCCCAUGACCUACAACCAGACGCCGGGCUACGGCCAGGGCUACCCCGCCCCCUCUAGCUCCUACUUCAGCGGCGUGGACUGCGGCUCCUACCUGGCCCCCAUGCACUCCCACCACCACCCCCACCAGCUCAGCCCCAUGACGGCCUCCUCCAUGUCGGGACACCCCCACCACCACAUCAGCCAGUCGUCAGGGCACCACCACCACCACCACCACCACCAGGCGUACGGCGGCUCCGGCCUGGCCUUCAACUCCUCCGACUGCCUGGAUUACAAAGAGCAGACUGCAGCCUCGUCGUGGAAGCUCAACUUCAACACCACGGACUGCUUGGACUACAAAGACCAGGCCUCCUGGAGGUUCCAAGUCUUAUGAUCGGGCUUUUUUUCUUCCCUCCCUGUUUGUCUGCUCUUCUUUUCCCAGAUUAGCUUCUUGCUUCCUUUUUUCUUUAAAAGACAAAGAGUUUAUGAACUGUGCGGUAACCAGACAGCAGCAGGAACACUCACAUUUUGGACUUUCUUUCCUCCCUCUGAAAAUAAAAACAGUCCUGAAGAGACGAGGAGCAGCGUAGAAACGUGGCUUUUUAAAGACGCCCUUCCCGGAUGAGUUUAACUAAAAACUGCUCGACAGAAAAGCGUCGUUUCACCCAAACCUUUCCGGACGGGAGGAAUAUUUCCCUGUGGUGCUCCGACAGGAACUGCUGCAGCUCUUUUACCUCCGACCCAUCAGAUCCUGUACAGUUUUUAUUUCUGAAAAUUUGUUAUUUUAGGAUGACAGAGAUUUUUAGUCAGCUGCACUGAGGAGCUGAAAGGUGUAAAUAUGUAUUUGGGUCAGUUCCAGUGACCAUGUUUAGUUGGUGAAGUAUUUUUUUGUUUGUUUGUUUUUCACAUCUGAAAUUGUUUAUUACCACUUUGGGAGAAAAAAAAAGAAAAAAACUGUAUGUAAAUCUUUCCAAAUAUUCCAAAGAGAACAAAUUGGCCAUAAAGUCCAGCUUUUAUAUUCACUGUUUUAAAAGAAAAGAUGUUUGGGCAGAUUUGAAAUGUCUUGGAAACUCUAAAUCUAGAUGGAAGCUCUGGAGCCGUUGGUUUCCGGAUCUUCUCCUUCCUUCAGAGGAACCUUCUCUGGCCGUUUGUUGUGAUCUUGGACAUGUUUGAACCGCAGCACUUGGCUUGAUAUUGGAGUCAAAGCAUUUUUAUGAAUUUUUCUUUUUUCUCAGAGCUCCAGAAAUGACAGUGAGAUGUUGAAUGUAUCUUUGAGGACCACCUGACAUACAUGUUCAUCCAAUAAAGAUCCUUCAGUCAUG